CACGAUUGCCCAACUAUGUAAACAUUCCGGAUGCCAUAUUAUGGCUCAACAUAGUUGCCCUGCAACGAAGUAUGACGAAAAUUUCCGAUUGCCAUCAACUGUUUGCGAUACAUCAGUGUUGGAUGGUAGCAUUUAUGCGUUGUGGCAAUAUUUUCACGACAGUUUCGCAUAAUAUUUUGUGUUGUGUUGAAUCAAGAAUCGGAUUUUGCUGAAAAAGCCAGGAUGGACGAAGAUGCCUCGAAAGACUAUUAGACAAGGACCAAGAUCGCCAAACUCAUCGAGCUGUACAAAUCUCAAGACUGCCUGUGGAAUGUGAGCAACCCAUCCUAUCGGGAUAAAAGAAAAAGAAUUGCUGCUUGGAAAGUGAUUGCCACCGCCAUGGGUUACGAUGUGAUGAGCGUGGAGAGGAAGAUGAAAGUGCUGAAGACGCAGUUCAUGCAUUGCUAUAAGCUCUACAAGAAAUAUUCGAUUAACGGGGACUCCUACCAACCCAAAUGGUUCGCCUACAACAGCCUGAGGUUCCUAAUACCGGCCAAAAUCUAUAGGGAGAAUAGGGAGAUCUCUAGGAUGCAAGAGCAAGGCGUGCAGCUCAUCAAGACCGAAACAAUCGAUAUACCAUCAGAAGAAAAUUUCAUAGUGAAUGAACGGGAAGAACCGCAGAGUCCCGCCGACAUCACCUUGAGGAAUUCCACCUUGAACAUCCCUCCACUGACGUCCCUCAACCCAAACGUCGCUUUUAGACCUGACACCCGCAGAAACGAAGAGACAAGCAUCCAAAGAUGCCACCCUGGUGUUGGAAGGGACGAAUACUCCAUUUUCGGGGAAUGGAUCGCUUGCAGAAUGAGAAACCUACAGGAUCCACGCGCGAGACUGACGCUGCAAUUCAACAUCAACAAUCUGUUGUUCGAUGCAGAAAUGCAGGAGAUAGACAGGAUCAACGACUCCAGCCAUCCAGACAGGACUUUGAAUGGAAUGUAGUUGAAGAUCCUAUCCAUCAGGACCUUUAUCAAAAAUAUCGUUCAUAAAGAUUUGACGUCGAAUAGGCCAUGAAAUUUCAAACGUUGACAUUGACAAAACGUCAACUGUCUAAAUUUCGUAGAUUACUCG